AGGAAUGGCACCACGUGGGCCCUGCCCAGAGGAGCUUAUACAGGGAUGUCAUGCUGGAGAACUACAGCCACCUGGUUUCUCUCGAGUUCCUGAGGAUCAAGGACUAGUACUGACUUAUAGGAGGGUCCUUUGUCUGCUUGCUCAAACACCCAAAUCUUGUGUGUUUACCCAUGAGCAGGGUAUCAAGUCUCCAAACCAGAGGUGAUCUUCAAAUUGGAGCAAGGAGAAGAGCCAUGGAUGUCAGAGAGAGAAAUCCAAAGGCCUUUCUGUCCAGCAUUUUGUUUGAACUUCAAGGAGUGUGGGAACUUUCGCACUUUAUAUUUCUUUUAGACUGGAAGACCAGGCCUGAUGUCUUAUCACGGAGUCCGCAGCAGGGCAUAGCUGAAGUAUCUCGCAGUACAAAUGUUUUGUCAUAUGCCACAUUAGGAGAUGUCUGGAAUGUCAAUAUCCAGAGGCACCAGGAAAGUUGGAGAAAACAUCUGGGGCCAGAGGCAUCUUCCCAGAAGAAAAUAACCACUCUAGAGAAAAAAAUUGAGCAAAAUAAAUUUGGUGAAGACUCAAGUUUGAGCACAGACUUGGUUCCACAACUGGACAUUUCUUCGAGUGUAAGGCCCAGCGAAUGUAAAACAUUUGGAAAUAAUUUGGAACACAAUUCAGAAUUAGUUACUCAGACUAGUAUCCUUGCUAAAAAGAAGCCUUAUAAAUGUGACAAAUGUAGGAAAUCAUUUAUUCAUAGAUCAUCACUUAAUAAACAUGAGAAAAUUCAUAAAGAUGAUGCUUACCCCGGUGGAACAAAUCAAGGCGUGCAUUCUGGGAGGAAGCAUCAUGAGUGUACUGACUGUGGGAAAACCUUCCUCUGGAGGACACAGCUUACUGAGCAUCAGAGAAUCCACACUGGCGAGAAACCCUUUGAGUGUAAUGUGUGCGGAAAGGCUUUUAGGCACAGCUCAUCCCUUGGUCAGCAUGAAAACGCACAUACAGGAGAGAAGCCCUACCAGUGUAGUCUCUGUGGGAAAGCCUUCCAGCGCAGCUCAUCUCUUGUUCAACACCAGAGAAUCCACACUGGGGAAAAACCCUAUCGAUGUAAUCUCUGUGGGAGGUCAUUCAGGCACAGUACGUCGCUUACUCAACAUGAGGUCACACACAGUGGAGAGAAACCCUUCCAAUGUAAGGAAUGUGGGAAAGCCUUCAGUAGAUGUUCUUCCCUUGUUCAACACGAGAGGACCCAUACAGGAGAGAAGCCUUUUGAAUGUAGCAUAUGCGGGAGGGCUUUUGGUCAGAGCCCAUCCCUUUAUAAGCAUAUGAGGAUUCAUAAAAGAAGCAAACCUUACCAAAGUAGCAACUUCAGCAUGGCUUUCGAGCCAAACGCUGCUCUUACUCAAGGUGAAAGCGCGCUUACUGAAGUAAAGUCGUACCAUUGUAAUGACUGUGGGAAAGACUUCAGUCACUUCACGGACUUCACCGAGCAUCAGAGGAUCCAUGCUGGAGAGAAUUCCUACGACUCUGAACAGGCCCUUAGUCAGCAACCCAUGUCUCAUCCCCGAGAGAAACCUUAUCAGUGUAACGUAUGCGGAAAAGCUUUUAAGAGAAGUACAAGUUUUAUAGAACAUCAUAGAAUCCAUACUGGAGAAAAGCCCUAUGAAUGUAACGAGUGUGGGGAAGCCUUCAGUCGGCUCUCGUCACUCACGCAGCACGAGAGAACACACACUGGGGAGAAACCAUAUGAAUGUAUCGACUGCGGGAAAGCCUUCAGUCAAAGCUCGUCCCUUAUUCAGCAUGAAAGAACUCAUACUGGAGAGAAGCCCUAUGAAUGUAAUGAGUGUGGGCGUGCCUUUAGAAAGAAAACCAAUCUGCACGAUCACCAGAGGAUUCAUACUGGAGAGAAGCCCUAUGCUUGUAAGGAAUGUGGGAAAACCUUCAGCCGCAGCUCAGCCCUUACUAAACACCACAGAAUUCAUGCACGAAAUAAGCUGUAGGAGAGCCAAACGAUGGGGUGGGCAGGAAGCACUGUCUAAAAUUCGGUUCCAACCCAGUUUCAGAGAGUCCUGGAAGUCUGAGAAUGUAAUUAUGUGUUUGUAUGGAGAAAACUGUGCCACCAG